AUGGAUUGUGAAGGAGCCCGCAUGGGUGCCUGCGGUAUGCUAGAGUUCUGCGGGCGGAUCGAAGAGGCCUGCACCGCCGAAGAACGUGAGUACUACCUUGACGCCCUACCGCAUCUGCAGCAGCAAUUCCGCCGCUUCCGUCUGGAAUCCACUGACGAGCAAUACGAUACGGCCCUAUUGGCAUUCGGGCUCAUUGUCACAUACAUUGGCCUGGGAGAAGAGAGCGUCUUGAACUUUAGUCCCCGCAGGACGAUUGAGGUCUACGGGUUGGAGUUCAGAGACAAACUGCUUGAACUGCAGGGCGUGGGUCGUAUGAGUGAGAGCGAAGAGACCUAG